AGUGCUUGCUGAAAUUUGAGUCACAUGUUACCUCAGAGUGACAGUGUCACUGUCGGGAAGGGGACAGCAGUUUACUCAAACUAUGGUCACAGCUCGGGAAUCUCAGUGUGAAAGAACACGGAGCUCUCUCCUCUGGGAUUCGACCCUUUUCCUUAUUUGUAUGAUUGUGGAUUGUCUGGACUAUACUAUAUAUAAAAAGGCACAAGAAGAGCACACAUCCAUUCAGAAGAUACGAGUGAAGCGAGGACUGGUGAAUGUUUGGACGACGCACGUUUCACUUUAUUCUAGUGCAACUAUAAGGAGACCAUUUAUAGAGUCAACAGAAGUAUUAAGUAACCAUUACCUCAUCUACUGUAUUGCUAAAUCUGUAAGCUACGUGCUUGAACCUUAGAUUGUUCAGUAGUUUCAAACACAAUGGGACUGCAUGGCUCCAAAGUUCCCUCAGAAGCUCAGAUUCUAAUGCUUGGCCUUGAUGGAUCUGGAAAGUCCACCCUGCUCUACAAGCUGAAAUACAAUGAGGCUGUGGUAACCGUUCCCACUGUGGGCUUCAACGUGGAGAUGCUGGAGACCAAAGAGAGGGGCUUUGUGCUGACCGUGUGGGAUGUCGGGGGACAGCACCGGAUGAGGAUUCACUGGGAGCACUACUAUCAGGGCACAGCAGGCCUGGUGUUUGUGGUGGACAGCAAGGACAAGGCACGGAUACCGGAGGCAAAGCAGGAACUAGAGAAGAUCUUGGGAAAUAAGAGUCUGAAAGGCCUUCCGUUGAUUGUUCUAGCCAACAAGCAGGAUUUGCCAGGAGCCGCAAGUGCUGGAGAUGUUGCAGAGAUCUUGAAAUUGAAGGAGAUUUGUGGCAAAAGACACUGGUUUCUUCAGCCAUGUUCAGGCAAGACUGGUGCCGGUUUGGAGGAGUGCUUCCAGAUGAUGGCCCAUUUUCUUAAGACUGCCGUAGGAGAAGGAGAGGAAUGUCUACAGAGAAGAAGGAAAUCAUUUAAAAUGAAGACACAGCAGGAUUACUGGUAAAUCGAACUGUUGUUACAAUCAAUGAACUACAGUUACAGUGGCAUGGCAGCAAAAUGCCUCCACAGCAUGACAGAGCCACAAUUAUCUCCUUUAAUUUGCUAAGUCUCUGUAAAUGUGGUAUGAAACAACAGUUACCAUGCACUAUGUCCUGCACAUUUUUCUUAACUAAUGUGAAAUGCUUCUACAUUCUAAUCUGUAAAUUUACUUGUUCAAAAACGUGUUCAAGUAUUUUUUUUUUUAUUUCUUUGUUCUCUUCAUUAUUCCAUUUAUAUGUUCUGUUUGAUAAAGUACAAUUUGCUGCUUGCAAUUUUUUUUUCCUCUUUUGAAAAAAAAAUGUCUUUAUUCAUUUUUAUAUUUCUAAACCCCAUUAUCUUUGGUGUUUAGUCAUUCUCUUUUUGUUUAUACUGUAAUCUUUAUGUUUUUACGAUAAUAUGAUCAUUUAUGAAUUGAUGAUAAUAUGAUAGUGACUAAAUAAAUAGUCAACUAAUAAACACUAAUAAACAUUUAUAGAGUUUUUCAUUUAUUUCAAGUUCAAAGCCAAAACCAAAAGCAACACCAUUGUGGUUUGAGCUCACAGUCUGUACAAUGAUCCGGUUAUAGAUAUAACAAUUCACCUAUCUUCAGUAACCUCUUUAUCCUGGUUCAUGGUCUUGAGUCAUGCUGUUAUUGGAAAAUAAUAAUAAGCUCUGGGGUGGUAACAAUGGGCGGCAUCAUAACACCCCAUCCUUUAACAGCAUGCUCAUUGUGUUUUACUGCUUAUAUCACGGAUAAUCGCUAUUAGAUUCUGGUGAAUAAAAUCUUCUUUUAUAAAUGAAGAGUGUGAUGAACA